AUGUAUCCUAAUGGAUCUGACCUCUCACUGGUGCUGACUUUGCACUCUUUGGAACUGCCUGAAAUGAGCAUUUACCCUGCAUUCAUAGUUGGACUUGUGGCAUACUUGAUUAUCUUACUCUGUAAUGUAACAGUUAUUUUCACAAUUUGCAUGAACAGGAAUCUUCAUAAGCCAAUGUACAUCCUGUUGCUUAACAUGCUGAUCAAUGACACUACUGGUGCCACAACCUUUUUCCCUCAGCUGCUGUAUAGAAUAUGGUCUCAGGACAGAUCAAUUUCCUAUCCUGCAUGUUUCCUGCAAGGCUUGUUUGUACAUCUGUAUGGUGGUGCAUCUCAUGUAAUUCUUACAGCUAUGGCCUACGACAGGUAUAUUGCUAUCUGCAGCCCGUUGAGAUAUGGUGCCAUCAUGACCACUAAUAAAUUGGUGAGAAUCAUAACUGGAAUGUGGAUAGUUAAUUUUAUUAUUAUAUUUGUACUUUUUUGUCUUCUAAUGCCUUACAAGAUUUGCCAGACGUACAUGGCAGAGCUUAUCUGCUAUAACCCCUCUUUAAUGAAGCUCAUGUGUGAAGACACACGAGUGAACAAUAGCUACGGAUUGUUUAUCUUAGUUUUAUACCACUGCAUUUCCCUUUUUGUUGUUGCAUUUACAUACAUUCGUAUAUUAAUCACUUGUGUUACAAAUAAGCAGUCGGACGCAAAAAUUAAGGCAGUUCAAACAUGUGGCACUCAUUUGGUGGUCUUCCUGUUCUUGGAGUUCAACACUUUUUUCCCUCUUAUUGCACAUCGGUCCGAAAAUGUUCCAGCUCACCUACGCAGAGUGUUUUCUGUAUCUAUUCUUGUGUUUCCUCCCAUUGUGAAUCCACUCAUUUAUGGUUUUAAAACCAAAGAUAUUAGACAAAAAAUUUUAACCUGUUUUAAGAGAAAGAUAGGCAAUUUCUGA